AUGUCCCGCAUACAACAGGACCAGUUCGUCGACGAUGACGAAGAGGAGUGCUGCCCUCUUUGCGUUGAGGAGUUCGAUCUGUCCGACAGGAAUUUCCGACCAUGCCCUUGCGGCUACCAGAUCUGCCAAUUCUGCUACAACAACAUCAAGACUAACAUGAAUGGUCUGUGUCCCGCAUGCCGUCGCGUCUACGAUGACUCCACGAUCGAGUUCAAAACUAUCACCCCCGAAGAGAUGGCCAAGCACAAACAACAGAUAGCGCAAAAGGCAAAGAAGAAUGCGCAGCAGCGGCAGAAGGAGGCUCAGAAAGCGGAAGCCGAUUCUCUUAGUCGCAAACAUCUCGCCGGGCUCAGGGUUGUUCAGAAGAACCUCGUAUACGUGACCGGUCUUACUCCCACGAUUCGCGAAGACCGCCUGCUAGAUACAUUACGCGGUCCAGAUUACUUUGGCCAGUAUGGCAAAAUCAUCAAAAUAGUGGUGAGCAAAGCAAGGGAGAACGCACAGCAUCAACAAUCCGUCGGGGUUUACGUGACCUUUGCUCGCAAAGAAGAUGCGGCCGCUUGCAUAGCAGCCGUCGACGGCUCACAGAACGGCGAUCGGACACUAAGGGCGCAAUACGGCACAACUAAGUAUUGUUCGGCAUAUCUCCGCGGGGAGCAAUGCAAUAACCGCAACUGCAUGUUCCUCCACGAGCCCGGCGAAGACAACGACAGCUUCACUCGACAGGACCUGUCGAUGAUGAACUCGAUACAGACGCAACAACCCGCGCAGUCGUCCACUAGCCGAUCAGCUCCUCCAGCCCAUCCAGGCCCGCCUGUAGCUGCCGCAUCAGCCCCAAUGAAUCGUCAAGAUAGCAACGAAGCCGGAAGCUCGGACGAUGCGCCAGGAUUACCCGCAACAGCAAAUUGGGGAAGCAAAGCUGCUCAAGAGCGUCGCGCUAGCCGCUCGACGAAUGCCUCGAAUCCAAGCCCGAUGACGGUAAACGCUGUGCCUGCGCCUCCAGUAGUCAAGCCAGCCAAAGCGGAGGAGCCACUAAAGAAAAAGAUUAAAGAGAAGGAGAAGUCUGCGCCGGUCUCGAAACCAACUACACCCCAACCGCAACACCAGCCGCAGUCACAACCGGAACCAAAACCUGCUCCUCGGGCUCAGAACCCCCGCAUCCCCGGUCUCGAUGGCCUGCUUAAGGCCGUAACUGCGGCUGACUUCAAAUUUGUAUUCUCUAGCGCUGUGCUCUCCGAAGAGGAGUUCAAGGCUAUCGCCGAGUUUCCCCAGCUUCUCGAUCCUCAGGGUGGUGCAAAAAGGCGUGCUAUGCGGGAAAAGGAGAAGGAACUGGUCGCUCAACGCGAAGCUGAAGCUCAAGCACAGGCUGCUGCAUCGCAACAACCCCAACAGCAACAGCAGGUCCCAACCGAGAGCGAGGAGCACGAAACAACGGCCGGAGGUAGCUUGCAACUUGGUGGCGAACCAGAAGAAACUCACCAACCUGGUGCGAGUCACCAAAAUCAACACGCUAUUGCACCGCCAGGCCAACAAACUCUGGGCGGCAAUCUCUUUGGACAGAACAAUUCCCUGGCUGAGGACUUCAGUAACCUUGGCUUGAAUACCACUCGCCAGUUGACGCAACAGCAACAGCAGCAACUGCUCUUAUCGAACUUCAAGUCGGGUCCUCAAUCCGCAAGUCUCCUUUCUCAGUUUCAGAACAGCCAACCGCAACAAUCACACGCGCCCACUGGAAACGCUUCCGGUCAUACGAGGCAUACAUCUCGCUUCAGUUUCGCCAAUGACAGCGCAUCCGCUUCAGCUUCUGUCCAGCCAGUCGCAAACCAGAAGCUGAUGAGCCAACAGUCCUCAAUGAUGCCGAAAAAUCCGAGUCAUUUCAAUCAAAUGUCCCAGCAUCAGCCAUUGAGUGGGCAAUACUAUACCAGCAGCGCCCAAGGUCCCCCGCCAGGGCUGAAGGCCACACCAACACCACCAGUUGGUGGAGGUGGUAUGUUCGGCCAAGGUCAUGGCUUCGCCACCGGUGGCCUCGGAUACGGCGCGAAUGCUUCCGGCAGAAACAACGAUGCACUCUAUCAAGACUUGCUCCGAGGCAGGAACUUGGACAAUGGUGCGAGAGUAGGUGAUGCUGGUAAGCGUGAGUCAAUGUUUCCUUCUUUUCUUAACCAACACCCCACGACCUCUACGCCGGGUCCUGCCCCUGGCCUUCUAAGCUUUCCUUAUGGACCUUCGCCUGGCGCCUACCAGGAGACUGGUUCGCAGAAAUCUAAGAAAAAGGGAAAGAAGCACAGACAUGCUAACACUUCCUCCUCUGGAGGUGGUGUAGUAGAUGUUCAAGACCCGAGUAUCUUACAGGCAAGGCUACAUCAAGGAGGCGGAAUGGUCGGGCAGGGUCUCUAUGGCCAAGGGCAAGGUGGGUUCUCUUCCCUCAAUACCUACAACAACUACGGCGGUGCCGGACGAUGGUAG